AUGAGUGACAAGAAUACCCGUAUCGCUAUUGUCAAUGUUGACAAGUGCAAGCCAAAAAAGUGUCGUCAAGAGUGUAAGCGGUCAUGUCCUGUGGUGAAGACCGGUAAAUUGUGUAUUGAGGUCACACCAACGUCGAAAAUCGCGUUUAUCUCAGAAACGUUGUGUAUUGGUUGCGGUAUUUGUGUGAAAAAGUGCCCAUUCGAUGCCAUUCAGAUUAUUAAUUUGCCCACGAACUUGGAAGCUGAAGUGACGCACCGCUACUCUGCCAACAGUUUCAAACUUCACAGGUUGCCUACUCCAAGACCAGGUCAGGUUUUAGGUUUGGUGGGUACCAACGGUAUUGGCAAAUCUACGGCUUUGAAAAUUCUUGCGGGUAAGCAAAAGCCCAAUUUGGGCCGCUACGACGAUCCACCCGAAUGGCAGGACAUUAUUAGGCACUUCCGUGGUUCGGAACUGCAAAACUACUUUACCAAAAUUCUUGAAGAUGACAUCAAGGCUAUCAUCAAACCACAGUAUGUGGAUAAUUUACCUAGAGCCAUCAAGGGCCCCGUUCAGAAGGUCGGUGAACUGCUAAAGCUAAGAUUGGAGAGAACCCAAGACGACGCCAAAUAUGUCAUCAAGGCAUUGGAUCUACAGAAUGUCUUGAAGAGAGACGUUGGUGCCUUGUCUGGUGGUGAAUUGCAGAGGUUUGCUAUUGGUAUGUCUUGUGUUCAAAGUGCCCAAGUCUACAUGUUUGACGAACCAUCUUCCUACCUGGAUGUCAAACAACGUUUGAACGCGGCACUGGUUAUCAGAUCGUUGUUGGAUGCUUCCACUUACGUGAUUUGUGUCGAGCACGAUUUGUCGGUUUUAGAUUACCUUUCCGACUUCGUCUGUAUUCUCUACGGUGUGCCUUCAGUGUAUGGUGUCGUUACACUCCCAUCUUCUGUUAGAGAAGGUAUCAACAUCUUCUUAGAUGGCCAUAUCCCUAGUGAGAACAUGAGAUUCAGAACUGAAGCUUUACAGUUCAGAAUGGUUGAUGCUCAAGACCAACUACAACAAGAAGAUGCUACUCGUGCUUUCCACUACCCUAAUAUGCAACGUACUCAAGGUGACUUUAAGCUUAGCGUUGAAAGCGGUAGUUUCUCUGAUUCUGAGAUAUUGGUCAUGAUGGGUGAAAACGGUACUGGUAAGACGACUUUGAUUAAGUUAUUGGCUGGCGCCUUGCCAGCUGACGGGAACGCCGAAAUUCCAAAACUCAAUGUUUCCAUGAAACCUCAAACGAUUGCUCCUAAGUUCCCUGGGACAGUAAGACAAUUGUUUUUCAAAAGAAUCAGAGGACAAUUCUUGAACCCUCAAUUUCAAUCAGAUGUUGUGAAGCCUUUAAGAAUUGACGAUAUCAUUGACCAAGAAGUGCAACAUUUGUCUGGUGGUGAGUUGCAAAGAGUUGCUAUUGUGCUGUCUCUCGGUAUUCCUGCUGACAUUUAUUUGAUCGAUGAGCCUUCUGCUUAUUUGGAUUCGGAACAGCGUAUCAUUUGUUCUAAAGUUAUCAGAAGAUUCAUUUUGCACAACAAGAAGACUGCUUUCAUUGUAGAGCACGAUUUCAUCAUGGCCACUUAUUUGGCCGACAAAGUCAUUGUCUUUGAAGGUACACCUUCCAAGAAUGCAUACGCCAGGGCUCCAGAAAGUUUGUUGACUGGUUGCAACCGUUUCUUGAAAAACUUGAACGUUACCUUCAGAAGAGACCCUAACUCUUUCAGACCUAGAAUUAACAAAUUGGACUCUCAGAUGGACAAAGAGCAGAAGUUGUCUGGUAACUACUUUUUCCUUGACAACACAGGCGUUUAA